CAGCACUCAGUGGAUGCUGUACUCGGACAUCUGGAUCCUGACGGCAACGGCUCUGUGCCCUUGACAAAGGAUUACAGGGAAAGGGCGGCUGAAUAAUUACAAAUAAAGUCAAUAUUGGAGGACAAAUCGUUUCCCCUCUAGCACAACAUAUGAAUGGCUGCAGCAGCUUUGCAGAGAGGCCCGUGUUUCAGAUCUGACCCGGGAAUGGCUGGCGGAAUGGAGAAUCGCUCCAGGAAAAGGCAAGUUCUGUCUUUCUUUCUGUGUUUGUGUGUGUCCCUGGGGGCGUGUGAGACGAUCCGCUAUUCUGUGCCUGAAGAGAAGAAAAGCGGGUCCCUACUUGCUAAUAUUGCAAAGGAUUUGAAAUUGGAUAUAGGGAAAUUGUCUGGUCGCAGUGCCCGACUGAUUUCUAAAAGCACCAAGCAAUAUUUUGAGCUGAACACAGGAUCCGGGGAUGUGAUAAUAAAGGAGAAAAUAGACCGUGAGGAUCUGUGCGGACAAAGAGAUCCGUGUUUGCUGCAAUUCGAAAUUGUGUUGGAAAAUCCACUACUGCUGUACAGAAUGGAGGUGCAGAUAGAUGAUGUGAAUGACAAUAACCCUAAAUUCUCUAAAAAUGAAUUUCUUUUAAAAAUGCCGGAACAGAUCCCCAUAAACACCCGCUUCCCCUUGGAAAGGGCCCAAGAUUCAGACAUAGGAACAAACGGCGUCCAGAGUUAUGCAAUCAGCUCCAAUGAGCACUUCAGUCUGGAUGUGCAUUCCCGGGGGGACGGCAGUAAAUACGCGGAGCUGGUAUUAGAGAAACAAUUAGAUCGGGAGAAGCAGGCGCAGUUGAUGCUGAUUCUUACAGCUGCCGAUGGGGGCCUGCCACAGAGAACCAGCACAGCGCUAAUACGCGUUAACGUGCUGGACAACAACGAUAACUUCCCGCAGUUUAGUCAGUCGGUGUACAAGGUGCAGUUAAUGGAAAAUAGUCCGAGGGACACUUUGGUCAUUAAGGUUGAAGCCAGUGAUUUGGAUCAAGGUUCAAAUGCAGAAAUCACCUAUUCAUUCGGGCAGGUGUCUGACAAAGUCCUCGAGUUAUUUCAGCUAAAUCAGUUCACUGGCGAAAUCACUGUUUUGGGAAUAAUUGAUUUUGAAGACGCAGCAAUGUAUGAAAUAGAAGUUCUGGUCACCGAUGGCGGCGGUUUAUCUGCGCACUGCAAAGUCCUGGUGCAGAUCGAGGACAUGAAUGAUAACCCCCCGGAAGUGACGGUGACAUCCCUCACCGGCACCAUACCCGAGGACUCCUCCCCUGAGACGGUGGUGGCCCUGUUCAGUGUGAGAGACCGAGACUCCGGGGACAAUGGCAGAACGCUUUGCUCCAUUCAGGACAAUGUCCCUUUUGCUUUGACAUCGACUCUGAAGGAUUAUUACGAGCUUGUUACACAAAAGCCCCUGGACCGAGAGAAAGUGCCUGAGUAUAACAUAACCAUCACAGCCACAGACCGGGGGACUCCGAGGCUCACCUCAGUGAGGAUCAUCCGAGUUCAGCUAUCGGAUAUUAAUGACAACCCCCCUCUAUUUAAUGAAAGUUCGUACGUCAUGUCCCUGAAGGAGAACAACCACCCGGGCCUGUUGAUUGGAACUGUCCAUGCUGCUGACGUAGACACAGAGCAGAAUGCCAAAGUGACGUAUUCGGCAUUGCCUGGCAACAUCGGUGACCUCCCCUUCUCCUCCUCCAUCUCCAUAAACUCCGAAAACGGGAACGUGUACGCUCUGCAGUCUCUGGAUUUUGAGCAAACGAGGGAUUUCCAGGUUACAGUGAGAGCUGCAGAUGGCGGGUCCCCUCCACUGAGCUCUGAAGUCAUUAUCCGAGUUCAGAGGGGCACCAGUACCGUGUCGCUUAAUGUGCUUCUGGUGGAUGGGUUUUCAGACGCCUACAUGCAGAUACUGGAUGUACCAGAAGAGGAGGAGCAGCAGGACAUGUUAACCCUGUAUCUAGUCAUUUCCUUGUCUUUCAUUUCAUUCCUUUUUCUGGUUUCUGUGGUAACGAUUGUCGCCAUCCGGCUAUAUAAGACAAGGCAGUGCCGAGAGCAGUAUAUUUCAUCCUCCAGGAACUUUUAUUGUGACCCCAACUUCCCCACAAAUCCUGCGGAGACGAGUGGCACUGGGUCUCUGCCUCAAUCUUAUUGUUAUGAGGUUUGUUUGACAACUGGGUCUGGUACCAGCGAAUUUAAAUUUCUCAGGCCGCUGGUACCGUCUCUACCCGCUGACCCCAUCGCUGCAGGAGGGUCCAUACUUGACUCGCAGAUUAACUCUCAGCUAAAAGGGGAGAAAGAAUCGGUGAGAGAGGUGAGUGCUUAUUUUACUCCAUUUGCAUCAAUUCUUUGCUUGAAUAUAUUUGUUUCUACUGCUAUGAAAAUUACUUAUAUUAUUUCCAUAAAUGUCUAGAGAUGUUUUUUCUUA